AUGAAAGGGAUCUACAAAGGAUUCAAAUACACCCUAUCUCAAAUCUUUGUUGUGAAGGAACGUGAAAUAGAGAUUGGAUAUCCAACGGAUGUUAAGCAUGUGGCACAUAUUGGGUGGGAUGGCCAAUCAGGGAGUAAUGCACCCAGUUGGAUGAAUGAAUUCAAGACGGGAGCUGAUUUUUCUGUCACAUCAAUCGGUAAUUCUGGUUCGGCACUUUCUCCAUGGUCGUCGCAAGAUUUCGGAGAGUCCAUGAGGCUGCAAUCAGGAUCCGAGACGUUCAAGGGCACGCCCCCAUCCGAACUACCUCCUGUCAAGAAGAAGCAAAAACGAAAGAAAUCCAAAUCGAACUCCUCUCCAAAGUCUAAUUCGGGCUCCUCUUCAAGGUCGUCUAGAGCAGCCGCAGCCAAGUCCAAGGCCAAAUUGGUCGAGAGCAGCAAUGCAAAGCCAACAAACAUUGAGGUUGCAUGA